AUGGAUAGGGUUAUGAGGAUGUCGUCAGAAAAAGGAGUGGUUAUCUUCAGCAAGAGCUCGUGUUGUUUGUCAUACGCAGUUCAAGUCCUCUUCCAAGAUCUUGGGGUUAACCCUAAGGUCCACGAGAUUGAUAAGGACCCUGAAUGCCGGGAGAUCGAGAAGGCACUAAUGAGGCUAGGCUGCUCAAAGCCGGUCCCAGCCGUCUUUAUUGGUGGCAAGCUCGUUGGUUCGACCAACGAAGUAAUGUCGAUGCACCUAAGCAGCUCGUUGGUUCCCCUAGUGAAGCCGUAUCUUUGUUAA